AUGUCCAUCAUGAAGCUCUAUUUAAUGGUCAUUUCCAUCCUUCUCAUCUUGGUUCAUAAGACCCCAGGGGACCUGUCCAGCUCCUACUAUGGCAAGAGCCCAGAGUCCUGGAGCCCAUGCACGCUUUACCAUGGCAUGUUCAGAAAUGCCUGCAGAGAAUACCAAAUUCAGUGCUUAGCCUGUCAAAAUGAUCAAAAGUGCUGCCUGAAGCUUUCUGUGAAAAUACCCAAUUCUAACAAAAUGAGGGUGAAUUAA